GCAUUGGAUACGCUGUUCUGCUGCGUAAAUACAAGAGGGAGACCGAGAGAGAGAGAGCGUGCACGCGAUGGCCACGUUCUUCGGGGAAGUGGUGGCCACACGAUCCCGCGCAGGGCUGGACGAGGAAGAGGAGGAAGAGGAGGCUGCCGCCCAACGCCAGGAGACGCCGGAGGACCGCCAGAUCCGCCUCGCCCUCCAGGAGAAAAGGGAGGUUCACCUUGCCUGGAAUCCGGGACUGAAGGCCUCUCUGGAAGAGCAGCUUCCUUGCUCAAAGUUCAUCUUGGCUGUGGGUCAGAACGCAGUAGCAUUCUUGUCUUCCUUUGUUUUGAGUUCGGACUCUUGGGAGGUAGUUGGAUCUGUCAAAUUAUGGAAUGAGUGGACCAGGACGUCAAACACAACCAAAUUCCUUCCAGCAGAUUCCUUUUGUUUGUUUUAUCGCUUGAUUUCCGAUCCUACUGUUUUAUUGUGCCAGUGCAAUUGUUAUGUGGCUGAAGACCAACAAUUUCAAUGGCUUGAAAAGGUAUUUGGAUGCCUGCAGAAGACGAAUUUGAAAGUAUUGGUUCUUUCGUCAUGUUCUGUUACAGAUUAUAAAACACCAGAGUCAAUUAUAACACUUCCGUCUCCUUUUCUGAAAGCGUUAAAGACAACAGAGUUCAAGGAUCAACUCUGCUGCUCACUUCUAGAACAGCCAAAUAUUGUACGGGAUCUUCCUGCGGCAGUUCUCAGUUACUGCCAAGUGUGGCAGAUCCCUGCAGUGCUUUAUCAGUGUUACACUGAUGUCCUCAAUCUGGAUGUGGUAGCAGUUGAUGCUUUCAAGCCGGUUCUUUCUUCCAGAAUCCUAAAGAGUUUGGUCAAGGACGUUACAAGAAGCACAGAACUACUGACAAAGUUGAUGACAACAAAUGAGAUUCACAACAUCUACACUUAAAAUGGGCAUUGUCUCCAAGUCUGAUUAACCAUCAGGAUUUGUAAAAUGCAGCUGCUUUGCUUGGAAGCAUGGGACUUAUCACUGUAGAGCACAUGAGCUUUGUACCUAGUGUUAACUGCUAAGUGGAGAUUUUUAUUCACUAAAAUGUAUUAAAAUGUUACUUUUUCAUUUUUCACAA